AUGAGACAUCAUAUUAACAGGUGUGACAUUGAGAAAAGCGACAGCGCUUUGAAAAAAAUUAGACUGCGGAGUGAAAAUCUCAAAGGCGCCUCCGAACGCAGACCAGAACGAUCGGAAAGUGGCUCAUCUUCUCUGGGGCUACACUCUCUCGCCUACUUUUCGGAGCCAAGCUCGCCGACCCACCUUGCAGCAGAGCGAGGACGACGCCUAGCAGAGUCACAUCCAUGGCGGUUGGCGUUAACACAAGGCGUACAGUUACGACACUCGCGACGAUUCUCCGUGACGCGGCGCGGUCAUGGCGCGUCCUGCUGCUGUGACGGUCGGCGCACGACUGAGCCGGUGCGGCGACGACAGGUGCGCACGCGCGUCGCGGCUAACCGCCGACGGCAGCCCACC